GACGAAAGCGCGGAGGUCGUGAAACGGAAUUUUGACAGCAGAAAACUUCCUCAAAAUAAAUAACUUUAACGGAACUACCAAAUGGACCCUUCGAUUCUGUUUUUGUAUGGGACGUUCGACAGGAUGUUAAGCGUUUCUUAUAUCUGAAGAAGUAAGGAUUUGAGCUUCAAGUUUUCCUGGGAAAAAAAGAAGUUUCUUUGGAAGUAAAGAAUCGUAGGUACGCCCCGACAUGGAGGUCGAUCCCGCCCACUGCCCCUGCUGUCACGAGGCGUACGAUCAUGACAAGAGUCGCAAGAGGAAGCUGACGGAUGCUUGCGGACAUUCACGCUGUUACGCUUGUAUGUUUAGCAUCGAGGCGUGCCCGAUAUGCGCUAACAAAGAGUCUAACCUUGAGAAUGGAGAGAAGGAAGUUGUUAGGACGCAGCGUGGCAACAAACCACCCACCCCGCCCCCUAAACCUAAAAACAGAACGUCGAGAGGCUCUAUGCAUGCUACCUCACCCAUAUCCCCCAUCUCCCCCCAAGCGACCCAAGAAGUGAAUGGAAACACAGCACCCAAUUUCCCUGAUAUUGAGCCCCCGCCCGCCCUGUCCAAGCCCCGCCCGACGCCUCCCGAUUUGAUAGAUAACCAGAAUGGCAAGAUACAGGAUAGGGUGCAAACCACUGAGGAAAUCCAACAAACAAAAGGUCCCGUUCAAAGGCGCAGGUUUUUUGAUGACCCAACUCUGAUUACGAAUCCGCCUGUACCUACAAUGCAAUACACAGACAGAAAAGAUCCUCCCGCCCCGCCUCAGCUAUUUAUUCCCCCGCCUCCGUCUCAGGGACCUACCUCAGAGGAGGAUGGAAGCGAAUCGUCAUAUGAUACUGAAGACAUCAGUGACUGUGACUCCUGCAAAGAUGGACGGAGUACACCUCCACCAGCGCCGUCUGAAGCAGCAGAAGCUUUGAUGGAUCGUCUGGGGUUCCUCUUCAAGCAAGCUCAGAUGCCGCCUCCUCCUGAAUCGCCCUCCAGCGACGAGACAGUCCCAGGCACCUUCUUCCCUCCUCUCCAUAGCUCCCCCGUAGCAAACACUGCCAUCUUGCGGGAUCGAAGCCACUCUUCUCCCAUCUCGGAAGUACAAGGUCGUACCGCGGACAAUGGUGAGCGCAAGGAGUUCAACCCCAGGAAGAUGAUUACACCUGGGAAUGCGAGACAAGGUGCCCAAAUCAAACAGGCCAAGAAGUGGUCGUCGGUGCGGCAGAACAAUCAAGACAAUAACACUGAGAGUCAAAUUCUGAAAGGCAGGAGCAGUUUGAGAACUUCGGCCGAGUAUGCCGGACAGAGGUCGCAGGCAUUGACCUCUGGAGGUCAAACGAAGCAGCUGGUUGACCCCAAGGUCACAAAACCUGUAGUACAAGAAGCCAAAGUAAGGAGAACAGUGCAGGAGUACAGUCAGAACCCGGCUGUCUACGAGAGUCCAAUUGUCUCAGGAAAGUCACCGGAGGGACCGGAAAAAGCAGCUGGCAAAAAUGGACACGUCCGACCGAACAGUUAUAUCAGUCAGGAGAGUGAGAAGGCAGACCCUCCGAUACGGGCUCACACCAUCGAUAAUCGGGUCUCCCGCAACAGGCAGAACCAACCCCCUGUGCCCGCUCCUCGGCCUGUAGUCAGACCUGGCAGUUAUCACAGUCACGAGACAAGGAAGUCUUGCCUUGAAGAACAACUCAAGGAAUUGUUUGACUCUGCUGAUGCUGAACAGCGACAAGAAGCUGAGAGUCAAGUACCGGAUUCACAGCCACUCUCCCCAAAAGAGAAACCGGUGGUACCUCCAAAGACUGCGAUCUCGCCCACGCAGAAAAAUGUUUCACCCGUACCGUCAAAGGCGUCGCAGGACACUCCGAGAAUUUUUCACAGUACUCCGGUCAGUAACGUCAUGAAGCAGACAGAACUGGCCAAUCAGAGACCCCGAAGCAUGGAGCACAUACGGACGAGUCCACCCAACGUGACCAGUCCGAUACACAGCCGAGGCCAGUCCAUGGAUUCUACUCUCGGGAAUAGUUCGUUGACCUUUGGGGACUCCUCGACCGACCCGUCGUUUACUAUGGUUUCGUCUAUGGAGGGUUUCGAUAUGUCAUCGAGAGUCGGCACGAUGCAAGAAUUUUUGGAAAGCAAGCGGGAAGUUGAUGCUGAAAAACAAAAAUCUGCACUGAGUAAAAAUCACACUUCAACGCUUCCACUCCACCCAAGUCGAGAACCCACACCAACAAGUAUACAGAGUAAAACCCUCCCGCAUCCGACCUCUAGAUCUUCCAUUAGCCAAUCAGAUAGCAACCUCAGGGAUAUACCAUUAGCAGAGAGGGAUGGCCGGGUGUCAAAGCAAGUUCCAGGUAGCUUAAAGCACAUAGCUGGAGACAAACAGGAUUCAGAUAGCGUUGGGUCAGGCAGUCCCGAGCAUGGUCCCCAGCGUCGGACGGCAACCAAACCACAGCUGAUCAAACAGCACUCAGACCUGAUGGCAGAGAGCCGAGACAUCGUGAACCAGACUGGGCCGCUUUCUCCUGCGCUUCGAGACUCAUCGGCGACGGGACUUAUGCUGAGUGGAACAGGCAGGCAUCGAUCCGCAUCAACUUCAAGUCCAGAAGCUCUGGAUGACAUUCCACUGUUUGGAGGGCGUCGUGCUGCCAUGAUCAGACGGUCGCUCCGCGAUAAAGAAUCAACCGGCAAGCUGACGGCUGAUCUAAUGAAAGCCCGCCUUCCCAACUACAAGCCGACACAGCUUCUCCUCAGGCCAAUCGCCUUUGAGAUCCCUGGCUUCCAUCAGGACAUCCCUCUGAUUGGUCGAGAGUGGCUCUUCAUCGACCUCGAUCGUUCCCUCUUGAAGGAUCCGACAUCCAAGCUGAGGGGCGUGGUCCUACUGGGGGACGUCGGCACGGGGAAGACGACUAUCGUUGCCAAGUUGGUCUCACUUAGCGCACUCAGCCAAUUCUUGGUCAACGAUAGCAGUCCGGAAAUAGCACUCACAGAUAAAAACACUAACCCACCCAAUGGGGUGAGCUUGUACAGUAGUUCCAGCACGCUGACGAGGGUACGCCAACAGUCUGAGCAGGCUCUCAUGUCUCUUGCCUCCCAGGUCGGUGCGUUUCACGUCUGCCAAGCGGAUAACAGCAUUACGUGUAUGGUGCCUGAGUUUGUACAUGGGCUGGCUGCACAACUGGCUCAUUGUCUGCAGCCAUACAAAGAGCUACUUCUCAGUGAGCCCCAGCUUCAGUCUCUACUGAGCAUGAGAGACUGUACGCAGAGCCCGUCUGAGGUUCUCUCCCGCGCCAUCAUCGAGCCUCUCAACAUGCUUAAGAACCAGGGUCGCAUCGCCAUGGAUACCUGCUUGAUACUCGUGGACGGUCUGAGCGAGGCCGAGUUUCAUAAGUCGGAUUACGGGGACACCAUCUCGUCGUUUAUCACCAAGAACAUCAUGAAGUUCCCACCAUGGAUCAAGGUGAUCAUCACAAUUAGGAGUUCUCUUGUCGACAUCGUCAAGAUGCUUCCUCUGCACAAAGUAUGCCUGGACAAGUCAACGACCAACGCCACCAGCACCUCGUCGGAGCACGUGCAGAAGGACGCUGAGCAAUACAUCAACUUCCGUCUGCAGCAGAGCGCCUCCGUACGCGACAACGUCCUCCUGAAUGGCAAGCUGGAACACUCGGCACAGUCCAAGUUCCGAAACCACCUGCAGUCUCUGAGCCGCGGCUGCUUCCUGUACCUGAAGCUCACCCUGGACCUGAUCGAGAAGGGCCACAUCGUCCUGAAGAGCACCAGCUACAAGGUCCUGCCGAUCAACCUCUCCGAGGUGUACCUCUUGCUCUGUAACCUCAAGUUCCAAACCACCAGGGCGUUUGAUCGCGUCUCUCCCAUCCUAAACAUUGCUCUGGCUUCCCUUUACCCGCUCCCUGACCUCCUCGUCUUGGACGUAAUGAACGCCGGGUACAUCACGACGUACGUGGAGAAGGAAGACUUCAAACAGAGAAUCGAGAUGGUCUCGAGCUUUCUCUGUUUCCGAAAGGACGGGACGAGGAUGUUCUAUCAUCCGUCGUUUAGAGAGUGGUUGAUUCGCAGGGAUGAAGGAGAGAGUGUUAAGUUCAUGUGUGAUCACAGGUCCGGCCACGCCCUGUUAGCCUUCAAGCUCAGCCGUCAAUCCAGGCAUCUGAAUCGCGACCAAGCCUUUGAGCUGGGGCAUCACAUCUUGAAGGCUCACAUCUACAAGACGUUAGGGAGGCAGCUGGGAGGGUUCUCAGCGAGGGAGCUGCAGGCAGUGUGGAUGCACCUCAAUACAGACCAGCUUUCCUUCAGUCUGGCUACCAGGAGGAAUCUCUUCUCUCCAAAUGUCAAGGUCAGCCGGCUUUUACUGCUCGCUGGUGCCAACCCCAACCACCACACGGAUGUACUGAACAGCGCCCCCAUCAUGUGCGUGUCGGCCAGGGAGGGUCACACGGAGAUGGUCUCGCUACUGCUUGAGUUUGACGCUGACGUGAACGAGGAAUGCGACCGCGGGAUGACGGCGCUGAGCUACGCAGCCGCCAACGGUCAUCUCGAGAUCAUGAGGAUGUUGAUCAUUAAGAAAUCUAGGGUGAUUGAAACCGACAAGAGUAAUAAAUGUGCAAUGGUCCACGCCGCCGAGCACGGCCACCUCGCAGCCGUCAGCUUCAUACUGCAAUGUGAUUGGUCAAUUCACGAGACGUCUAAACUCAACAGGAAAAUGGCUUCUCAGCAGGCACUCAUAGCCGCAGCCGCUAAUGGCCACAAAGAGGUGUGUGGGUUUCUACUGGAUCUUCCUGGCCUUGAGGCCGACAGCCAUCUUGUAGACAUCGAUCAGACUGAUUCACUCAUGGGAGAUACAGCGCUAACGACUGCCAGCGCUAACGGCCGCACAGAAGUCAUCAAGCUCCUCCUCAAAAGGGGCGUGUCCAUCCACGCCCCCAACCAGUCUCAGAUGUCGCCGUUGAUCUGCGCAGUUAGGCGUGGCCACUGGGAGAUUGUAGACAUCCUGCUGUUCAACCACGCCUCCCUGGAGGAGACUGACCGCCACGGUAGGACGCCGUUGAUGUUGGCCGCAGGGGAAGGCCACCUUGCUGUUUUGGAGGUGCUACUCAGUAAAGGUGCUUCGGUUGCAAAGUGUGACAAGGAGGGCCUGACUGCCUUAUGCUGGGCAUGCCUGAAGGGACAUCUCAACAUCGUCAGGUCAUUACUCGAGAGAGGAUCUGACAUUGAUCAUGACGACAAGAAUGGUCGGACUCCGCUGGACCUUGCUGCCUUCUUUGGAGAUCCACAAGUUGUUCAGCUUCUGAUUGAAAAAGGUGCUACUAUUGAGCAUGUUGACAACAGCAGUAUGCGGCCACUAGAUCGAGCCAUUGGCUGCAGGAAUACGUCCGUUGUGUCAGUACUACUCAAAAAAGGAGCCAAACUAGGUCCUGCUGCAUGGGCAAUGGCUACCUCCAAACCAGACAUCCUGGUCUUACUACUCAAGAAACUCAUGGACGACGGAAACGCUCUGUAUAAGAAGGAGAAGUGGCGAGAGGCGUGUCACAAAUACCAGUGUGCGUUGAAGAAGUACCCCACAGAGGCCUUCGGUGAUGAGAUACGCACCUUCAAGGAACUCAAGGUCAACCUCUUACUCAACGUCUCCAGAUGCAAGAGGAAACUUGAGGACAUUGCGGGAGCCAUCGAGUUAUCCACCAAGGCCUUAGAGAUUAAGCCCAAGUGUUUUGAGGCGUUCUAUGCAAGAGCCAGAGCCAAAAGAGCGAUCAGGCAAUUUGGACCAGCACUUCAGGACCUCCUGGAAGCCAUCAAGCUAGCUCCCAACAACAGGGAGGUCCGUCGACUCCUCGUUCGUGUAAAGGAAGAGUGUAAAGAUGAGACCAAGAAGCAGAAGGAGAUCCCCUCUGCUAAAGACUCGCCAGCUGACAAUGACCAAGGCAGGGAUUCUGGGGUUCCCAAUUCGCAGCCGGGAAGCUCCCAGGCUUCGGAGAAUGAGAUCUCGCCGCCCGAUUCCUCAAAGAGGGACGGGGUGUUGCCUGGAAGCCAGACCAUACCAUCCCAGCAGCACCUGAUGUCUUUGAGAAAUUCCGAACAGUCCAGCAAGGGCUCCAGACAGGUGGCCAGUAAAACACUGCCGAAUUCCCACACUAUACCUGCGAGUGCACGGAUCGCAUACACCGGUAUGACUAACUCCUACCCGGUAACCGGUACCCUUGUGAUGGGUGAUCCUCAAGGGUCACUGACAGGGGAUGCAGGGAACCAGGAUAUACAGCGACCUUUGACCUUACAGAUUGCACUCGGCCAACCAGGGGGGAACAGCUCGGCAAAGCCAGUGCAGGAGCAAGUUAGUCGGCAGGUUCCGCAGGAACAAGUAUCAAAGCAGCAGCAGGCUGUAAGGCAACAGCAACUUGCGGCGCGGCAGCAAGCCCAGUCCCUUCAACGAAAGACUGCACUUUCCUCUUCCUAUAAUCAGGACAGUAACUCUAGACUGCUGGCCAAACCCAUCACCAAACCUAUGCACGCUGGAAACUUUAUGCCGAUAGCGUCACAUCCCGUGAACAAACAUCUUUCGACGACAAACACCCAUCCGAUGGUCUCCAACCCGAUGGCCCAUCGACCGCUACCGAAACGUCCAGAUGAAGACGUGCCAUCGAGAGCUUCCCCGCUGAGUAACUCCCAAGGAAAUCCUCCAGAGAUUGGAGGAUCUUCCAAGGUAUCCACACAACCUCCAGUCAUGAUGAGGGGCAAACAGCACCGAGAUAUCGGACAACCUGUGGUGUCACAUCGACUCAGCUUUAACAUGGAGAACUCAGACGAGGGCAGUAUGGAAAACUUAGCCCAGUCUGCCCCUGUCCCGAAACCCGUGGCCCACAGGGCGAUAGUGCCCCGGCAGGCAUCGCCACUCGUUGCCCAGCACCAGCUACAACAGGAGAAGGAUGCCCAACAUGGUAUGGUUCGGAGUGUGCUGGCACAGCCUGCUGUUCAGCAUGCGGCAUCACCACCACAACCCGAGCCGAUGAAUGGUAACAGGCAGCCACCCCCUCAGCCAGUCAUGCGCCAAGGAAGCAGUGGGUCUCUACAUCAGCAGCAGCAACAGCAAAGUUUGUCAUCUGGGCAGGAGUUCCCACGACCGUCGGCGCAGACUUUAUUCAUUGGGCCGACAGCACUUUAGCCUUCCAACUAAUGUAACCAUUUGUAUGGCUGUCAACUUCAUACAUUAAUACUAUACAAGACCACAACCAAGACUUAAGGUCGUUGUCCAAAUUGGCCCUGUUGAAACAUAGGAUGUCAGCAGCAGCCACCAACAAGCUAUUUUUCGGGUUACAUUUGAGUGAAGUCUGUUACCAUUUUUUUAUUUGUUUGUUAUGCAAGUUCACCCUCAAACAAAGCUAAAAAGCCACUCAUGGUAAGGGGCAACAAAAAGAAAAACUACUAUACAUGUAUGAAAGACAACUCGGGAGAGCUGAAGGUAGGAAUUGAUAUUCCUCUUAAAACAGUCAUGAUUGCUUAGUCUGUAGAGUCAGUUUUGGGUUGGGUUUUUUUCAA